AAACAAUUGACGCAGGAAGUAGCGUUGUCUUGAACCUUGCUCCAUUUUAUUUAUUUAUAUACGUGUAUUUCGGUCUUGGACGUAGAAGAGAGCGGAUCCCUGUGUCUGAACCACCCACUCCAGCUCUCUGUGCCUCUGGGUGUCAUAGUUUGCUUGUUUUUGUCAUGUGGACUCAAAAAUGGAGGCUAGUCAAAACAUUUGCUCCACUAUUGACAUUAUAUUAGACAACAUGGCGACUGAGGGUGAACCCACAGAUCUGGUGAAAGUCCUACACCUGCUCGUGCUGUCAUUCACCUGGGGCAUGCAGCUUUGGGUCACAUUCAUUGCAGGUUUUGCUCUGGUGCGGCAGGUGAGUCGGCACACCUUUGGCCUGGUGCAGAGUAAACUUUUCCCUCCAUACUUCUACUGCCUGCUGGGGAGUAACUUCAUCAGCCUGACCCUGUAUGCCUUGUACCACCCCAGAGAGCUGCUGGAGACUCAAGAAGCCAUACAGAUGCUGCUGUACUUUGUAGCCCUGGUCACGGCUACUUUAAAUGCCCAGUGGUUCGGUCCUUCCGGUACCGAGGUCAUGUUCCAGAUGUGGGAGGUGGAGAAGGAGCACGGGUUAGGACAACAGAUCGGACUUGGCAGCCAAAAGGAGGAAUAUGCCAAGCUCAAAGAGAAAGACCCUAAGUACAGAGAGUACAGGAAAGUGUUUGGGCGCUACCAUGGGCUCUCCUCUCUCUGCAACCUGAUUGGCUUCAUUUGUGCCACUGUUAAUUUAGUUUACACUGCUCUAAAUCUCUCCACCAUAUAAAAACUAAAUUUACUUGAUUCAGACAAUAGACCAAACUGUGAAAUGGUACAUGUACUUUUUAGUUUGCUUUUCAUAAUGAUGUUUAAAAAAAUAUUGAAUUACUAUUUUUGGGCAGCCUUAUAUUGUCAGCAGAGGGCAGUAUUUUUACAAAAUAGAGUUCAGUGAACUGUAUUACAGUUUUGUUUUGUUUUUUUAGCUCCAGUACUCUUCAUGUUAUGAAUUAUAUUUUUGUAAGUUUAUGCAUCUUUUUCAAUGUUAGUAGCAAAGAAUGAAAAUAUUGCCAGAAUUAAAAUUGGCCACUUGCAAUAUCAGUUAAUUUUUACGUGAAGAGCGGCAGAAAUAUAUUUAUAAUCAUAAUGACAAUAUAUUUUCUUUACAGGCUAGGCAAAAACUGUAUAAACUGUCAUCUAAAUUUACCUGACAUUUUUUUAUCAAAAGAGACUUAGGAUUUCUUAUUUUCUCAAAAUCCGUGUUUCAUUUAUCCAUAUCAGUAUAUUAAAUAUUGCAGUGAUUGUAUUUGUUUUGAUUAUAUGGCAUAUUCUUAUAAUAAACUUUGAGAGGUUGA